GGCCGGAUUGUAAUGUGCGGAAGCAGUUGCAUGCUAUUUGCGAUACCUGGCUAUGGUCCUUAUGCUUCCUCGAAGGCUGCUCUCGGAGCAUACACUGAUGUCAUCAUGAUAAUGCCAGGUUCGUUUGAAAGUGGUAUGCAGGACACAGGCAGGUUACUGCGAAUGAUGGAUAACGUCUGGAAUCGAUCGUCGCAGGAAAUUCGCAACGAAUAUGGCAGUGAUUAUAAUGAUAAAGCGAAAGCAGUCGUCAAACAGCUACAGUCAAAAUUGAUAGCGAAGGAUAUCACGUGGGUAAUCGAAGCAUACUAUGAAGCUAUUGCAGCUAAGCGGCCAAAAUUGUUGUAUAGAAUUGGUUGGGAUGCCGUGCUAUUGUAA